ACGUAUACACGUGUCGUUACUGCCACAGUCUUGGGCAUUUUAGCUGCUAGGUUACGUGAACGUUCUUUGCAGUUUUUUAUUGACCCCUUAUGGAAGGCGCUUACCUCUCUAUCUGGAGUUCAACGCCAGGUAGCUUCAAUGGUGCUUAUUUCUUGGUUUAAAGAACUGAAAACCAGGAACAUCAUGGAUAUGAACGGGGUUAUUGCUGGCAUCUCAAGUAAUUUUAGGAGCCAAUUGAUGGAUUUGCUAGCCUGCAUUAACCCUGCUUUUCCGACGAAAGAUUCUCUUUUUCCUUAUAUUGAACUCUCAAGAACGUAUGAUAAAAUGCGCAAUGAAGCUCGUCAGCUCUACCAUGAGACCGAGGCAGCUGGCAUGUUUAAAGAUUUGUUGUCAUCCAUUCAGGUUGACCUAGAAAAUCUUAGCGCCGAUGAUGCAAUAAAUUUUGCAUCUAAACUUCAAUUCUUAAGUAUUAAUUCUAUGGGGGAGGAAUCUGCCGAGCUGAACAGCUUGGACGAAUUAGAAACAUUCAAACAGAGGCUUUUAACCACUUCUGGGUAUUUGAAAUGCGUCCAGAAUAAUUUGCAUAUUACCGUCUCUUCUUUACUGGCCGCUGCUGUUGUCUGGAUGAAUGAACUUCCAGUGAAACUGAAUCCAAUUAUUUUACCUUUGAUGGCUUCUAUUAAGAGAGAACAGGAGGAGAUAUUACAAAGUAAGGCGGCUGAGGCUCUUGCAGAACUUAUAUAUUGUUGUAUGGGACGGAAGCCUGGACCAAAUGACAAGUUAAUUAAGAACCUCUGUAGUUUGACAUGCAUGGAUCCUUGUGAGACACCUCAAGCCGGAGUUUUGAAUUCUAUCGAAAUAAUUGAAGAGCAAGAUCUUCUAUCCUCAGUUAGUAGCAGUAAUAGACACAAAUCGAAAGUUCAUAUGCUCUCCCCUGGUGAAGAUCGUUUAAAGGUUGAGGGCUUCAUCAGUAGACGUGGAUCUGAACUUGCCUUGAAGUACUUAUGUGAAAAAUUGGGUGGAUCUUUGUUUGAAAAGCUUCCUAAGCUGUGGGACUGCUUAGUUGAAGUUCUUAAGCCUUGUAGUCUUGAAGGCAUGACUGAAGAAGAUGAAAAACUUAUUACUCGAACUAUUGAGUUGGUUAAGGAUUAUCAGAACUUGAUUAACAAUAUCCAGGUCAGUCUCAAUGGUCGUAAUUCUUCGUUUCUUGCACUUUUUGAUUAUUACACGUUUAUUGCAAAUGCAACCAAGAAGGGACUAAAUCUGGUACAAAAUUGCUUUCCAUGAAAGUUGUUGUCAUCC